AUGUUGAGAGGCGGUUAUCCAAAUGCUGUGGAUCUUGGCAUUGCAGUUCAAAAGGCAUGUGAAAAUUUUUCACAGCCAUUGAAAUUUCUAUAUCCUCUGGAAAUUAGCAUCAAAGAAAAAAUAGAAGCAAUAGCAAAGUCCUAUGGUGCCAGUGGUGUGGAGUACUCUGAGCAGGCUGAGAAACAGAUAGAGAUAUACAGCAAGCAAGGGAGCUCCAAGUGGAUUUGUCCUACCAAUCAGGAUGUGAGGGCAAGCAUAGGGGCUGGAUUCAUUUAUCCUCUAGUUGGAACAAUGAGCACAAUGCCUGGGCUUCCUACAAGGCCUUGCUUCUAUGAUAUUGAUCUUGAUGCCACCACCGGCAAAAGGGAUCUCAAUCUGGCCUUUGUGCCUCUAAGCAUUCUCAAGCAUAGUCGUUCAAGCUAA